UGCUUUGUGUGACAUCACAUCGGAGCCGAACCUCAGUUCCAUGUUCAUUGGAAGUCUCAAGCAGACGAGAAAAGUCUAGAAAUGAAUGAAGCAAGUCCACAUUUUGGGAUUGCGACGACAUUAUCUCCUGGCCUCGCGAACGACUGAAGCUCCACGUACUACCUCAUUUUUUUUUUUUUGCUGGAUUUUAUACAUUGAGAACAACAUUUUUACAUGAUGAAGUUUAAGCCCAACAAGACAAGGACGUAUGACGGCGAGGGGUUCAAAAGACGAGCGGCGUGUUUAUGUUUCAGAAGCGACUCCGAAGACGAGGUGUUACUGGUGAGCAGCAGCCGACAUCCAGACCAAUGGAUUGUGCCAGGGGGGGGAGUGGAGCCUGAGGAGGAACCUUCUAGGGCUGCUAUCAGAGAAGUUUAUGAGGAGGCUGGGGUUAAGGCAAAGCUUGGCAGACUUCUUGGAAUUUUUGAGCACAACCAAGACAGAAAGCAUAGGACACAUGUCUAUAUCAUCAUUGUCACAGAAAUACUGGAGGACUGGGAGGACUCUGUCAACAUAGGAAGGAAACGUAAGUGGUUCAAAGUUGAUGAAGCCAUCCGAGUGUUGCAGAGCCACAGACCUGUCCAAGCCGAAUACCUGCACACAUUCAAGAACACCCGAAACUCCACUUGCGGCCCAGUGUGUCACCCAAGUAGCGGCAACACAAUGAGCUCCCAAGUGAUGAACAACAACACUCCUCAAUACAUUGCUAAUGCAGCACAAACUUUGGAUCUCAUCAAGUGAUAAGGGAGAUUCUUGAAGCACUCCAAGAUGGACUUACCUGAACGGCACUGUUACCUACUUGAUGAUUUUUACACUGUGAUGUGUGGACACCCAUGACAUUGAUUUGUAAUCCAUUUUGAGGUGGGCUUGGAGAGUGCCAAAUUGUUUUCCAAUAAUAAUUACAUUUGUAUGUGUAUUUUUAGUGAUCAUCACCAGAUGAACAAAUGUGUCCCUUUCAUGCUUUCUUGUUAUGUAUAGAGUGUUACAUCUACACUUUACAUUUUUAUUUUUGAUGAUGAAUUAUACAGUACGGGAUUGUUGUUGCUGCCAGUGUUUGCUUGGUUUCCUGGUGCCCAGCACUGAGAAGUGCUGCCUCUCAGAGGAAGCCAUAAUGCUCAAAGUGCCAUGCUGACAAAUCAUUAAGAAGUCGAUCAUCUGAAUCAUGCUAAACUAUUUUGGUGAACCGCUAAGACUGUAAUGCAGAGUAUAUCUUGUGUUAAUAUUUAGUAUUAACAUUAGAAUUACUUCUGAAUGAAGUCCAGUAUAAAAUACAGUACCGGUAAUAUAAAACGUAGUGUACAAGGUGUCCCAAAAAUGUGCAUUAUUUGAAAUGGGCAUAUCUGAGUAACCACGUGUGUGUGUUUAUCAAAAUUUCAACAACAGAUUGAAGCUGAUACAGAUUUUAUAACUGAUUUCACAAAGUUUCAUGAAUUGACUGUGAUUAAAGAAUGAAAUUCUGUCAAUUUU